GCUACAGUCUUGGCGGGGUGUGGAGCUGUCACAGGGUCUGGUGGGCCCAGUGGCGGCGGCCCUGGGGAGGGCGCGGUCGGUCCACAGCGGCCUUCCGCGGCCUUGGCACCUGGGUAGGCCGCAGCUGCGCGCGGGGUGUGGCGCGGGCCGUGGCGCGGGCUAACGGGAACCGUGAGCCCUGCACUAAUUGGAGUCGACUCGGCGCUGGAGGGAUCGGCGAGAAAUGGCGGACGAGGCGUUGUUUUUGCUGCUCCAUAACGAGAUGGUGUCCGGAGUAUACAAGUCCGCCGAGCAAGGGGAAGUGGAAAAUGGACGAUGUAUUACUAAGCUGGAAAACAUGGGGUUCCGAGUGGGACAAGGAUUGAUAGAAAGGUUUACAAAAGAUACUGCAAGGUUCAAGGAUGAAUUAGACAUCAUGAAGUUUAUAUGUAAAGAUUUUUGGACUACAGUAUUCAAGAAACAAAUUGACAAUCUAAGGACAAAUCAUCAGGGCAUUUAUGUACUUCAAGACAACAAAUUUCGACUACUUACUCAGCUGUCUGCAGGAAAACAAUAUUUAGAACAUGCAUCAAAGUAUCUAGCAUUUACAUGUGGCUUAAUCAGAGGUGGCUUGUCAAACUUGGGAAUAAAAAGUAUUGUAACAGCUGAAGUAUCUUCAAUGCCUGCCUGCAAAUUUCAGGUAAUGAUACAGAAGCUGUAGAGUGCACUGAAACACAAGAGAGAAGACUCCUGUGCAAAGUAUUCAAGUUCUGAUGUCACCUUGUCAUUGCUGUUGAUGCUAAAGCAAAGGUGUUCUCUUACCAGAUUCACAUAGACCAAAUCAGAGUCGAUAAAAGGUCUUCCCACCAUGAUAUAAACUAACUGAACUGUUUAGUGAUUUCAGUGAACUAGACACCAAGAUGUAAGUUCUUUAUUUUAGACAUCUUUAUUUCCUAAGUGUGAUAUGUAUGUAACCAUAGAUUGAGAAGUGAAACUCAGGGUGUGUUGAAUUACUGUAUAUAAAAAUAUGCACCAAUCAGAAUAGUUUGUAUUCAAAUGACCAAAAUUUGUUAAAUCUGUUUUAGUUAUUUAAAAAAAACAAGCCACUAUGCUAAAUUAAGCUUAAUUUUUAUUGUAUUUAUAAUUUAUUUCUGUUAAGAGAAUUUGUAUGCUUAUAUAAGGAUUUCAUUUAUACAUUAUAUAUAUGUAUAUAUAUAAAUACAUAUGUUACUCUCUAAA